UAGUCUGCAAGAGGUAAAUAGGUCAUCUAGCUUCCAAGAAUUCCAGUUUUUGUUUUGCGUUAUUAAGCACAUCACACAGAGUGCCUACAAUUCUGUGUGAUUGGUGAUUUGUGUCCCUCCAAAUGACCACAGAGACUUCCAACCAGCACCUAGACCCCCCUGCACCUCUCAGAACCAACCCUACCACAGGGGCCCUGCAGUCUGCCCUCAUAAGUCAACAGUCUACAGCAAUGGAGACUUCAUCCUCCUCCUCGUCCUCUAAGAACAAGAAGUCUAACUCAGGACUUAGACGACCAGAGAAGCCUCCGUACUCUUAUAUUGCGCUCAUAGUCAUGGCCAUUCAGAGCUCUCCAACCAAAAGACUCACCCUCAGCGAGAUCUACCAGUUCUUGCAAGCCAGGUUCCCUUUCUUCAGGGGAUCCUACCAGGGAUGGAAAAACUCUGUACGCCAUAACCUGUCACUUAAUGAAUGCUUUAUCAAAUUGCCAAAGGGACUUGGGAGGCCCGGCAAGGGACAUUACUGGACUAUAGAUCCUGCAAGUGAGUUUAUGUUUGAGGAGGGCUCUUUCCGUCGCAGACCUAGAGGGUUCAGAAGAAAAUGUCAAGCCCUGAAACCAAUGUACAGGAUGAUGAAUGGCAUAGGUUUUAGCACUUCUAUACUACCCCAGGGCUUUGAUUUCCAAGGCCCACCGGCUUCUUUGGCCUGUCAUAGUAAUGGCUAUAAUUUAGACAUGAUGACAAACUCUAUGGCUAGUGGCUACGAUGGCUUAAGCGGGGGUCAUCAUGUCCCACAUAUGUCCCCUAACCCUGGUUCUACAUACAUGGCCAGCUGUCCUGUGUCCUCAAGUGCGGACUAUGGUCCUGACAGCAGCAGUAGCCCUGUACCUUCGUCGCCAGCUAUGGCUAGUGCUAUUGAGUGCCAUUCUCCUUACACAAGUCCAACAGCUCACUGGACAUCCUCGGGUGCCUCUCCAUACCUGAAGCAGCAGGCCAUGACACCAAGCAAUGCGCCCUCAGCAAGUAUUCACUCAGGCAUGUCCUCCUAUUCAUUGGAGCAAAGUUACCUCCAUCAAAAUACACGGGAGGAUCUUUCAGUGGCGUUACCUCGCUACCAGCAUCACUCGUCCCCGGUGUGCGACAGAAAAGAUUUUGUCCUGAAUUUUAAUGGAAUCUCCUCAUUUCACCCGUCUGCCAGCAGCUCCUAUUAUCAUCACCAUCAUCAUCAUCAAAGUGUCUGUCAAGAUAUUAAGCCCUGUGUCAUGUGAUCCAG